AUGAGUGGUCGCUAUUUUAAAAAUAACUAUCCUGAUUAUAAUGGUGAACAAUAUCUCGGUCCUGACAAUCAAUUAUCUCCUCCACUAAAAUCAACUAUAAUACAAUGGAUUGAACAACAUUUGCAUAUACUUGAACAGAAUCUCAAUCGAAUGGAUUCAUCUGAUGGAUCAGUUUACACUGGUAGUGCAGGCGUCGCAUUACUCUACUUACGUCUUGCACAAGUUUUACCAGAUCAAAAAAGUCGUUUUAUGUCACAAGCAAAAACAUUGAUUGAUGCAGCAUUAAGACUACUUGAUAGAAGAGUUGUAACGUUUUUAUGUGGGGCGCCGGGACCCUUAGCUAUUGCAGCAGUAAUUUAUCAUAAUGCCGGUGAUCAGAAAACAACCGAUAGAUAUAUAGAAAAAAUUCUAUCCAUGAAGACAAAUGCAUUGAGCCAUUCAGUUCCCGAUGAAUUUCUAUAUGGUCGAGCUGGUUAUCUUUUCACAUUAAUGUUUCUUCGGAGAGAAAUUGGAGAGCAUGCCGUCGAUCCUCAAAUUAUUACUGAAAUUUUUGAAGCGAUGAUAAAAUCAGGCGAAAAAUAUGCACGAGAUACACAUUCAAAAUCUCCAUUAAUGUAUCAAUGGUACAAGACAGAAUAUUUAGGAGCAGCACAUGGUCUUUCCGGAAUAGUUCAUUGUCUUCUAAAAGUGACACAACAUGAAUCCUUUGCCCAUCUUCGUCCAUAUGUAGAUUCUCAUCUAAUGCCAACUGUUGAAUAUCUCAAAUCAAGACGUUUGGCAAGUGGCAAUUAUAUGUCAGCAAAUGAUAGUAAAUCAGAUAUACUUGUGCAAUGGUGCCAUGGUGCAUCCGGUUUUGCAUAUUCAUUUAGUCGAGCCUAUCAAAUCACUGGUAAUAGUUCAUACAUCGAAUUAGCUUCAUCGGCCGGUGAUAUUAUUUGGGAGCGUGGAGUUUUAACUAAAGGCUAUGGUAUUUGUCAUGGUACAGCGGGCAAUGGUUAUGUAUUCCUUGAUUUAUACCGUGUAACAAACGAUACAAAAUGGCUUCAUCGAGCUUUGAAAUUUGCUGAAUUUUGUUUGGAUUAUGGAAAACAUAAUUUACCAAAGGAACCUGAUUGCCCUUAUUCAUUAUUUGAGGGUUUGGCUGGAACGAUUUAUUAUAUGGCCGACAUACUCAAUCCAACACAUGCUCGAUUCCCAGCAUUUGAAUAA